CAGCGCCGCCUGUAGGAUGGGCGGACUAAUGUCUCUGUUCUUGAACUUAGCAGACUAAUUCAGAAAAUUAGCUGGAUGCAAAGCCCUGAGUACAGAGUUCCUGUGGUCUCCUAGCACAGAGGAGUGUCAUUAUGGCCGAGCAAGUCACAAUAUUGAGUGGAGGCUUGUCUACUGAACUGGAAGCUGCUGGUCUGCUUGUACAGGGAGAUCCACUGUGGAGUGCAAGACUUCUCCAUACUAAUCCUCAAGCAAUUAAGACCGUACACACCAAUUUUCUUAGGAGUGGCGCUGAGGUACUGAGCACAGCAACCUAUCAGGCCAGUGUUGAAGGAUUUAAACAGCAUCUUGGGCUGAAUUCGGAUGAAGCAGCAAACCUUUUUACUGUAGCGGUACAACAAGCGAAAGAAUCAGCUGAAGACUUCACAAGGCAAUGCUCAGAAAAAAGAAGAAUUGUAAUUGCUGGAUCUAUAGGUCCGUAUGGAGCAUUCCUCCAUGAUGGUUAUGAGUACACACUAAAUUAUGUAAAAGAUAUGAGUAUUGAGCAGUUAAAAGAUUGGCAUCGGAUACAGAUGAAGUGCUUAGCAGCUGCUGGAAUUGACUUGUUUGCAUUUGAGACAAUACCCAGUCAAAAGGAGGCAGAAGCCCUUGUGCAGCUUCUCCGAGAGUUCCCAAAUCACAGAGCUUGGCUUUCCUAUUCAUGUCAGAGCGCGUCAAUGACAAGCUUCGGAGAAAGGUUUGAUGACGCGGUAAGCAUUGCAGCAGGAUCAACCCAGCUGAUGGCUGUAGGGGUAAAUUGCUGUUCAGCUGCGUUUGUCGGGCCACUCCUAUCAUCUGCCAACAAAAAGCAGAGGCAAAAGAUUGACUGGAUUGUUUAUCCCAACAGUGGAGAGAAAUGGGACCACAAGCUGGGUUGGCAAGGUUCAAAAACUGAUAAGGCAAUCUCUGAAUAUGCAUUAGAAUGGAUUCAGCUGGGUGCAAGAUGGAUUGGCGGCUGCUGCCGGACCACUCCAACUGAUAUUGCAAGUAUACAGGACAUUUUGCGGACAAAUAAUUCAUGAUAAUGUCACAUUUUGAAAUAAAGGGCUCUGUUUCAAACAUCAUAUGUGUUUUGGAGGUAAUAAUUUACAUACGCUUGAAAGUUGUGUAGUAGCACAGUUAUUGGUAUUGAAGGCUUAUAGUAUUGGAGCCACAAGGCCAUGUUCAGAAGUGGCAGAUUUACUGUGGAAUUGCACUGAAAGUCUGCAACACAUUUCAGUACAAUGUAGCGAAAAACUUUAGAAUGUUAGGGCAUAUUGCAGAUUAUCAAAUUAUGUAAUCCGGUUGUGGCAAAUGAGCAGUAC